UGACCCAAAGCUGCCGUACUUUGUAAAGCCAACCAAACCAUUGCAAGGGGACUUGUAUUUCUUUAUCCAAGACCAGGACAGGCGUGACUGCUAGUGUUUUCGAGUUUGAGCAAAGGCAAACCCACCCAUCAAGGAAAUCCUCAAUCUCUGUAAAUGGUAUCUAAAACCCAGUGACUGAUAUACUAAUAUAAUAUUGGUUCGUGGUCCCCUGCCCUGUGCUGGGAUAGAAUAAGGGAUUGGAGUGGAGGGGUCCCUCACAGCAAGAGUCACAGAGACACAAGAGGGAAGGGAAAGGCAGUCAUCAGUAUAUUUUCUACUCUAUUAUUUUAUUAACAAGAUAUGGGGUUUCUGUUUCCCGGGGUCACUUGGGAUUCUCAUUUUACUUGCUUUUAUUUUUCUCCUCCUUCUCCUUUCUCUUCUUCAAGCUGUUUAAACCCCAGUUGUUGAUCCUUACUGGAUCUAUCAUAACUGGGUUCCGCUUCGUUCAUCAUCUCAUAAGUUUGAGUGAAAAUGUCUUCUUCAAGGCCAAGCCACUCAUCCAGCAACUCAGCAAGAUCAAGACACAGUGCUAGGAUUAUUGCUCAGACCACUGUGGAUGCCAAGCUUCAUGCUGAUUUUGAGGAAUCAGGCAGCUCUUUUGAUUACUCAAGCUCAGUGCGUGUUACUGACUCAGUUGGUGGAGAUCAGCCACCCAGGUCUGACAAAGUAAUUACAGCUUAUCUUCACCACAUCCAGAAAGGCAAGCUGAUCCAGCCUUUUGGAUGCUUGCUAGCCUUAGAUGAGAAAACUUUCAAAGUCAUUGCAUACAGUGAGAAUGCCCCUGAACUGUUGACUAUGGUCAGUCAUGCAGUGCCAAGUGUUGGGGAACAUCCUGUUCUUGGCAUUGGAACUGACAUCAGGACUAUCUUCACUGCUCCUAGUGCAUCUGCCUUGCAAAAAGCCAUGGGAUUCGGGGAUGUUUCUCUUUUGAAUCCUAUAUUGGUCCAUUGCAAGACUUCUGGGAAGCCAUUUUAUGCCAUUGUUCACCGGGUGACUGGCAGUUUGAUCAUUGACUUUGAACCUGUGAAGCCUUACGAGGUUCCCAUGACUGCUGCUGGAGCUCUACAAUCAUACAAGCUUGCAGCCAAAGCAAUUACUCGGCUGCAGUCUUUGCCUAGUGGAAGCAUGGAAAGGCUUUGUGAUACAAUGGUUCAGGAGGUUUUCGAGCUCACUGGAUAUGAUAGGGCGAUGGCCUAUAAAUUUCAUGAUGAUGAUCAUGGAGAAGUGGUCUCUGAGGUUACAAAGCCAGGCAUGGAGCCAUAUUUGGGUUUGCACUAUCCAGCCACUGAUAUCCCUCAGGCUGCACGCUUUCUAUUUAUGAAGAAUAAAGUUCGAAUGAUUGUUGAUUGUCAUGCGAAACAUGUCAAGGUGCUUCAGGAUGAGAAGCUUCCAUUUGAUCUAACGUUGUGUGGUUCAACCCUGAGGGCCCCACACAGUUGUCAUUUACAAUACAUGGAGAACAUGAACUCCAUUGCUUCUCUGGUUAUGGCAGUUGUAGUCAAUGAUGGGGAUGAAGAUGGUGAUACCCCUGAUUCUGCGAACCCACAGAAAAGAAAGAGACUUUGGGGUUUAGUAGUGUGCCAUAAUACAAGUCCGAGGUUUGUUCCUUUCCCUCUUAGGUAUGCUUGUGAGUUUCUAGCUCAAGUAUUUGCUAUCCAUGUCAACAAGGAAUUGGAGUUAGAAAAUCAAAUUGUUGAGAAGAACAUCCUCCGCACCCAGACACUCUUAUGUGAUAUGCUCAUGCGUGAUGCACCAUUGGGUAUUGUGACACAGAGCCCGAACAUUAUGGAUCUGGUAAAGUGUGAUGGUGCUGUCCUGUUCUAUAGGAAUAAGAUCUGGAGGUUGGGGAUAACUCCAAGUGAUUUGCAGCUUCAGGAUAUAGCUUUUUGGCUCUCCGAGUACCAUAUGGAUUCUACAGGUUUGAGUACAGACAGCUUGUAUGAUGCAGGGUACCCAGGGGCUCUGGCUCUUGGUGAUGUAGUUUGUGGAAUGGCAGCUGUGAGAAUAACUUCCAAGGACAUGCUUUUUUGGUUUCGAUCCCAGACUGCUGCAGAAAUUCGAUGGGGUGGUGCAAAGCAUGAACUUGGGGAGAAGGAUGAUGGAAGGAGAAUGCACCCUAGGUCAUCUUUCAAGGCCUUCCUUGAAGUUGUCAAGACAAGGAGUUUGCCUUGGAAGGACUAUGAAAUGGAUGCAAUCCAUUCUCUGCAGCUUAUCCUGAGGAACACAUUCAAAGACAUUGAAACCAUGGAUGUGGAUACCAAAACAAUUCAUGCAAGGCUAAGCGACCUCAAAAUUGAAGGGAUGCAAGAACUUGAAGCAGUGACUAGUGAGAUGGUCCGUUUAAUUGAAACAGCUACAGUGCCAAUUUUGGCAGUUGAUGUUGAUGGUCUAGUUAACGGGUGGAAUACAAAAAUUUCUGAAUUGACUGGUCUUCUUGUUGAUAAAGCAAUUGGGAAGCAUUUGCUAACACUAGUGGAAGAUUCUUCGGUUGAUAUAGUCAAAAGAAUGUUAUUCUUGGCAUUGCAGGGCAAAGAAGAGCAAAACAUACAAUUUGAAAUCAAGACACAUGGUUCCAAGUCUGAAUGUGGCCCCAUCUGCUUAGUUGUUAAUGCCUGCGCAAGCAGGGACCUUCAUGAAAAUGUUGUGGGGGUGUGCUUUGUGGGUCAGGAUAUCACUGGCCAGAAGAUGGUCAUGGACAAGUUCACCCGAAUUGAAGGGGAUUACAAAGCAAUUGUACAAAACCGAAACCCUUUGAUUCCCCCAAUAUUUGGGACGGAUGAGUUUGGCUGGUGUUCUGAGUGGAAUCCUGCCAUGACAAAUUUGACUGGUUGGAAACGAGAAGAAGUUCUAGAUAAAAUGUUAUUGGGAGAGGUUUUUGGGUUAAACAUGGCAUGCUGUCGUCUCAAGAAUCAGGAGGCUUUUGUAAAUCUUGGUGUUGUUCUUAACACUGCCAUGACUGGCCAGGAAUCCGAGAAGGUUUCUUUUGGUUUCUUUGCUCGGACUGGAAAGUAUGUGGAAUGCCUGCUGUGUGUGAGUAAGAAAUUGGACAGAGAGGGUGCAGUCACUGGGGUAUUCUGCUUUCUACAGCUUGCAAGCCAAGAGCUGCAACAAGCACUACAUGUCCAGCGAUUAUCAGAGCAAACUGCUUUGAAAAGAUUGAAAGCAUUGGCUUAUUUAAAAAAGCAGAUCCAGAAUCCUCUCUCUGGAAUUAUAUUUUCUGGCAAAAUGAUGGAGGGAACCGAGUUGGGAGCAGAACAAAAGGAGCUUCUGCAUACCAGUGCCCAGUGCCAGUGCCAGCUCAGCAAGAUUCUUGAUGACUCAGAUCUCGAUAGCAUCAUUGAAGGUUACUUGGAUCUGGAAAUGGUGGAGUUUACCCUGCGUGAGGUAGUAGUGGCUGCUACCAGUCAAGUCAUGAUGAAGAGCAAUGAAAAGGGCAUUCGAAUAGUCAAUGAUGCAGCUGAAGAGACGAUGGCUGAGACCUUAUAUGGUGAUUGCAUCAGGCUUCAACAGGUGUUGGCUGAUUUCUUGCUGAUGUCAGUUAAUUUUACACCAUCUGGAGGCGUGCUUACUGUUUCAGCUAGUUUUUCCAAAGACCAGUUGGGGCAAUCUGUUUAUCUUGUGCAUCUGGAACUCAGGAUAAGGCAUCCUGGUGCAGGGAUUCCUCAAGCACUGCUAGAUCAAAUGUAUGGGGAGGAUACAGAUGCGUCUGUGGAGGGGAUCAGCUUGGUUAUAAGCAGAAAGCUGGUGAAGCUGAUGAACGGAGAUGUUCGGUACAUGAGGGAAGCAGGGAAGUCGAGUUUUAUCAUAUCAGUAGAGCUUGCUGGUGGCCAUAAAUCGCAAAAAAGGGCAUGAUAAACAACAAGGCAGCCCAUACCAGGAAAGAAGAUAGGGUGAUGUGUUUGUGUAUAGUUG